AUGGAUAAAAUAAUAGGCAAGGUGCGAGAAUUACGAGGUUACAAAAUGGGAAACAAAGAAGUGACUAUCCUCUGCUACGCAGACGACGCAGUAUUAAUCGCCGAGAACGAAGACGACCUGCAGAGACUUCUGCACCAGUUCACUCGAACAGCAAACACAGUGAACAUGAAAAUAUCUGCAGAAAAAACAAAAUGCAUGACAACGGUAAAAAUCCCCAUUAGAUGCAAACUCGAGAUCGAGGGAAAAGUCAUCCAACAAGUAAUGAGAUUUAGAUACCUCGGCAUAGAAAUCUCAGGAUAUGGCGAUAUCGAGGAGGAGGUGAGAGAACAAACAACAAAGGCAGCAAGAGUAGCAGGGUGUCUAAGCGAUACAAUAUGGCGCAACAAAAACAUCAAAAUAGAAACAAAAGCAAGAAUAUACAAAAUAACGAUCAGACCCAUUAUGACAUAUUGCGCAGAAACACGAUCUGAUAGCGCAAAAACUAAACGCCUAUUAGAGACGACAGAAAUGAAGAUUCUCAGAAAGAUCGCAAGAAAAACACUCCUAGACAAAGAAAGAAGCGAAAAAGUAGAAGAACAUGCUAAACUGAGAAUAUCAACGAAUGGGUGCUGGACCGAAAAAAAGAGUGGAAUGCACACAUAA